UCUUCCUUCAACCGAACGCCGAAUCCACAACCUUUUGUUAGGCCACUUGGAAAGGCGUGAAAUUGAAGAGAAACGAGAAAAUGAUCGAAGAAAUCCAUUGAAAUUUGUUGUUGCUCAAACUAUUCUGCUUAUGCAUUUACUUUAUUCGUCCAGUCAAUCGCUCUCUGUACCAAAGGCGACAUGUGGUACCUCGAAUCACCGAGGGGUGAAAUUUACAAUGUGACGCCUGGUAGAGUUCACACUGUUAGCCGAAAGAAUGGUGAUAUAGUACUCGCCAAUGACCAGUCCGUCAGCAGGAGACAUGCCUUCCUAGAAGUCCGAUCACCAAUUACUGAAGGGGUUUCUGUUUGGGAUGAGUCAUCAAAGUAUGGUACUUUUGUAGAUGAUGGCAUAGCAAGAGAUAAGAAACUUACUGCAGGAUCGAAGACGACGGUUAAAGAGGGAGGGAAAAUACGAUUUGGUCUGCAAGAAAUGAACAUUUGGACGUUAAAAGUAGAAAAGCUGUGUGUGUGUGCCCAUUUGUUAAAACCCAUUGAAAAAUCUAAUCUUAAAUCAGUAUUGAAUGCAAUGGGUUUUCGACUACUUGACAAUUGGAUCAAAGAAGCAACUCACCUCACCACAAACUAUCUUUCCUUAAGCUACGAGGUGUUGUGUGCUCUGGCGUCUGCUAAGCCAAUCGUGCUGCCGGAAUUCUGGCAGCACUAUGCGCGCAUGAUGACUGGAGACGGGGCUCUUCCUGAGCCUGCCAAGUUUAUGCCACCCCUGGAAGACAGUAGCUCUUUGGGAUCCCGAAAGGCAUGUCUUCCAAAUUUGACCAGAAAAACCUUAUUUGCUGACAAAACUUUCAUAUUUUCCUCUUCAAUAUCAUUUAAUGCAUAUAAAACUGUGAUAGCCACUGCAGGGGGCAAAGCUUUUAAAAUGUCUGACUGUGGUCUGUCAUUGGCUGACUACUGCAAACCAAAUGUUGUUGUUGUUGAUUGUGAGGAGGACCACCAGACUUCUUUCUACAACAAAGUUCUAAGUACCUUAUUAGAAAAGAACCUUCGUAUGAUUCCUGUGAAAGAUAUUGGCCUAGCUUUGUGGAAAACGUCAACAUCUGUACACUGCAAUCCUAAACAUACACCCAACAGUGUUUUGCGCAGACCCGCUGAUUCUGAGCAAAAUGAAGGAGCCACUAUAGUGAUGAAUACUGAAGAUAUUGAUGCUUCUUUGACUGGUGUUGAUAUUCAUGAUGAUCAGGUGAUUCCACCAUCACUUUCCGAAACUCAUGCUACCGAUGAUGCAACAAUGUCUAUGAGUGUGAGAGCAACACAGAAAACUUCUCCAGCAGGCCCUUCUCGUAAGAGGACUAGAGAAAAUAGUACUGAGAGGCAAAACAGUGGUAGCAUCAAAGUCUCUCCCAGAAAAAAUCCUAUUAAAAAGGAGCCACAAGAGGAAGAAGACAUGUUUGCCUUUGAGGAUGAUGUCUCAAGACCCAGUACCAGCAAUAACAGCUCUUCCACACAUUUCAAUAGCUCAAAGAGCAAUAGCUCCUCCAAACGUCUUAUAAAUGGUUUAAAUAGUUCUGUUGCUAAAGAAGAGAAACCCGUAGAUGAUGACAGUGAUGGCUUUACUUUUAAUGCACCGCCAAAGAAAAAGAAAAUAAUGCAGCAAGAAGAAGAAGAGGAUCUGUUUGAAUUGCCAGAGGAGCCCAGCUCUGCCAAAUCAAAUGCUAAGAGGGAUGAUGACGAUGAAUUUGAUUUUUUGAGCAGCAGCAAACUAAGCAAGUCUAUGAAAGAUUCUAAACGCAAUUUACAUGAAGAGAGUAGAGAUAUGUUUCAAACAGAGGAUCUCCCAAGUACUUCCUCCUCCUCAUCUCGAGGAGGGAAGAGAAAGGGAAGAGGUGAUUCUGAGUCUGAAAGUCCUCCAUUCAAGAAACCUUCCAAACCUUGUUUAGAUGUGACCAAUGCCCACAACUCUCAGCAAAAUUUUAAAAGUGCCACAGGAUUUUUAACCAAGCAAAAUAAUUCUUUUGUUAAAAUGGAAGUGAAAACUGACCCUGAUGAAGAGACAGAUCUUGCUAAUCAGCUUUGUGCCAAAGUUGUCAUUAAAUCUCUUUUGAGAAAGCCACAGGUUAAUGGCCAUAACAAUACCUCAGUCAAUAGCACCCAACAAACAGGAAAAAAUUUCAAGAAAUUUAAAAAGGUGUGGUCUGGUUCGACGGCCAAGAAUCACAUCACAACCAGUCGUAUCCGAACUUCGAAUGGACACUCCCUCAAUUUUACUGGCAGAGAAGAAGAAGAAGAGGAAGAGGACGAGGACGACCCGUUCAUUCCAAAUCGCCCCGCUGCCCGUCGCCGUCAAAGCGGCAACAGAAACAACAUUCGUGACAACGAUGACGAAGACGAGUUUGCCCUCCCAUCUUACUCACAAUGCAUGUGAUUUAAAGCAUCUUUUUUUUUAUUGCAUUAAAUACAACUAAGCAUCUUUUUAUAUAUUUUUUUAAAUUGCAUUAAAUACAACUAAUUCCAAAAGUUGA